CUCCACUUUCCGCUCGGCAAAACAUACUGUGCUGUGCUGUGCUGUACGCGCAUUAAUUGCUCCAACACCACCUACUGCGUAUUGCAGUCUGGCAAAUCUCACGAUGGAACCCCCCCCCGUUGGAGCCCGUUGGGGCCUGGCCCACCCAUACGAGAGCCCUCGCUGCUGCCAGGCCAGGGGGCUGAAUUGGGGGUGUUAUUUUAGGAUUUGGUAGUUUGGGGACCCUGCAGAUUCGUGGAUCCCUGCUCCUCCUGCCUACUGGGAGCUUAUUUCCCAUUCACAUGCACGCCCAACGCACAACCAACACCCUCCGCUGCUCAUCCUCCAACCUCCGUGUCCACAUGCUCCAGACCAUUGUGCCCAAGCUUCCAGGCUUGGUCUUUGAGCGCCCGCCCGUCAGAUCAGUCGGACCCGUGAGCAGCAACCUAGCUGUCCUGGGGCAGACAAACAUACGGCAACAUGUCGCAGGAGCAGGAGCCGCAGCCGCAGCCCGGCGUCUCGGCUCGGGACUUUGCAACUGAGUUGCCACCUAUAAACACGUCAAUCUCAGAGCCCUCUAGGCCGCCGACGCAAGAGACGCCCUCACGACCUGCGCGAGUCCACUACGAAGUCGAAGAUGGUUCCCACACUGGCCUCAUCCGUCAGGCGACCACCUCCUCGCGUUCCGCCACGAGACCGGACCCAGAGAUGCCCCUCUCGCCCCGAUCCCCUCGCUCCCCAAUCCGUCGUCGCGUCACACGAGCAAACACAUUCAAGAGCAUCGACGACUUCAGCGAGUUCGAACACGAAAAGGGCUGGCAUCCCGGUGCAGAGCCCGGGUUGGAUCCUUUCAAAACAGAUGGAGGACGCGCUUCCCUCGCAAAACUCUCCGCCGCCUGCGAAAUAACUGUCGUCGAUUUUUCCCAAGACAACAUCCACGUCACAAGGCUCGAUAAUGACGGUCUUGGGCCUUUUCUCAAGGAGCCACAGCCGAAAUGGGCCAAGUGCCGAUGGAUCAACAUCAAUGGUCUGUCGUGGGAUGUUGUCUCGACACUGGGCAAGCACAAGCAGCUGCACAAGCUAUCUGUCGAGGAUUUGUUGAACACGAGAAACAGGACCAAAACAGACUGGUACGCAAACCACGCCUUCAUCGUCUUCACGAUGAUAAAGCUCGUCCGUGUGUCGCACGAAGACUCGAGCAGCGACUCGGACUCCGACUCGGAAAUUGGCAGCCGUAACGGCGGAAAGGCCCGCAGGAACAAGAAGGGUUCCGGCUUCGCAAAAGGCAUCUCGUCAACCGUCAGGGGCAUGAUCGGGAGGACCAAGCAGCAAGGGCGAACUAACCCGGAAAAGUCGCUCGAGAAUGGCACAGAGACCUCCAGGUUCCAGCUUCAAUCGUACGACACUGACCUCUCGACGGCCUCAGGCGCAACGCUCGAGAGAACGGUUCAACGGUACAAUUCUGGGCCCAACGAGGCGAGGGUCGAGUUCAUGGAAAAGAAUGCCGCCUUGUCUUCGCUUGACUUAGCUGUCAUUGCUGAGCAAGUGUCUAUGUUUAUCACUAAUGACAACACUCUUAUCUCUUUCUUCGAACUCUCGGCGGACAUCAUCGAGAAGCCCAUCCUCACACGGCUGUAUACACGGGAUACGGUCCUCAGGCAGUCCUGCGAUGCGUCAAUGGUCGGGCAAGCUGUCAUAGACGCCGUUAUCGACCUGGCCAUACCUGUUAGUACGACAUACGGGGAUGUUAUCGGCGAUUUGGAAUUGGAUAUUUUGACUCGUCCAAAUAUAACACACACCAAAAAGCUUUAUAUCAUUAUAACCGAGCUCAACAAAAUUCUGAGUUUCAUAACCCCAGUCAUCAACCUAAUCAACGCACUGCGUGACCACAAAACGGCAUUGAGCCAAGAAUCUGCUACGCUUCACCUGCAAGACAGUUCGAAGGGUGUCAUCAUCACGCCGAUGACAUAUACGUAUCUCGGGGACGUACUGGAUCACUGUGUGCUGAUCCAAGAAUCCCUCAACGCUAUCAAGGCCCAGGCAGAUGGGCUGAUCAACUUGAUCUUCAACACCAUCGCCGCAUACCAGAACGAAAGCAUGAAACAGCUGACACUUGCCACAAUCUUCUUCCUCCCGCUGACCUUCCUCACGGGAUACUUUGGCCAAAACUUCGAGCCCUUCACCGAUCUGGAUCGUGGCAUCACAUUCUUCUGGAUGAUCGCCGCACCGAUGAGUUUCGCCACGGUUCUGGUCCUGAUGAGGGAGCCGAUCUUUGACUAUAUUAAGAGCUUCAUAGUGAGACGCUCCAUACUGCGGUCGAGGAAGAACCGGCGGGAUCGAAGCAAAAAACGCCGCUAG